AUGCCAAAAUGGCCGCACACCAUCAAUCUUCUUUGGAAGAUGUAUUAUGGAAGUGAAUCCUACCAGGUUAUCCAAGUGAUGCCACCGGAUAUCGUCGCGGAUGAUUUCGUGCUGCUCUCACUUCCGCCCGGUGGAAACCCAAUACCAUAUGUGUACUGGAACAUUGGCGUGACAGAGCCAGAGAUGUGGGAGAAGGCAAAUAAAGAAGGCAAGUUGCGAGAUUUACCUCCAACCCACAGUGCUCUCUAUGCGCCAGCAAUUGAGCCAAUCCUUCAAACCGGAAUCGAAGGAUUGGCUUUGUCUGCCUUGACAUUCCUUGAGAUUAUUUGA